GCCGCGACAUUCGGCGAUUUUGUCAAUUUUGUUCCGCCGGCGGCUGCUGUGUUGUUCUUGUGCCACCGCUUCCUGGCUUUGAUCGCUGGCUCGGUGCCCGAUUUAAUCACCCGAUUACAGCAUUCCCUUUAUUUUUAGCCAUCGACGCGCGCUGCACCACAUGAUCCACGUUUCGUGAACCCUUGUUUGGCAGCCCACGAGCGCCGCUUCCCUGAAGGCAGCGAUCCCACGCCCGCUCCGAAAGCAGACGUGAUGGAUGCCCUGCGCAAGAACCACGACGAGGCCUUCCUCUACGUGGCACAGGGCCUGAGCUACGAGGAACGCGGCGAGCACGCGCUGGCGGCCGAGAUGUACCAGAAGGGACUGGAAAGACUCGACACGGCCCUCGGCGUUCGGGCUGAGCUUCCGGAUUGCGAGGGGCCCCAGUGGGAUGAAGUCCGCACGCUACAGCGUAAGAUGUGCAGCAUCAGGAACGAGGUGGAGUUCCGGCUGCAAGCCAUAGCCGAAGCCGGCAGCACCGACGCGCUGUUUGCCGACAGGCCGCCGAGUUACGACGAAGCGGUUGGCGGGACGCAGCAGCAGCAGCUUGACAGGAAUCGAGGUCACUACAGGGACGCCGAAGUACUGCUCAGCAUCGACGGUGGAGUUCAGAUGUUCUACGUGUCCGCCGACGGUGCCGUUACUUCGCCACCGGCGUCCACGGAUCUGCGAGUGUACCGCUUCGCAAGCAGGCCGGACGCGAGGUCCGACAGUGGGCCCAGCGUUCCCCCUGCCUGGCUCCAGGUGGGGACGUGGAUCUACCCUCUGGUACCAAACGAAUCUCCAGCGCUGCGGUCCGCCUACGGAGCGUACCUCUUCCCAGACGUGGACUCCUCCAGGGAGGCUGGUGCCACGGUGGGCAUCCUGCUACCCUCUGAUCUCUCUCCCGAGAUGCACGCUGUGUUCGAGUCGCUGAUGGAGGACCUGACGGCCAUGAAGAUUCAGAGCAUCGUGCUGCGCGGAGAGACCAGGAAUCUGGAGGCCCUCUCCGAGCCGGUCAGGGUUCGGAGGGACCUAAGGUUCAGCCAGAAGAUCUCUGACGGCAUCGUCUCAGGUUCCGAGAUGCUUUCCAAAGGUCUUAACAGGGGCGCGGUGCUGACGAGCGAGGCCCUGCGCAUGGGGGCGGUGCGGCUGAAGCAGUACCUGCAGCCCUCUGCGGGCCCGGUCCCAGUCGACCCCCGCAUCAAGCAGGGAAUGGAGCUCCUGCGCAACGUCACGGGCUCUGUCCGCGGGGUCAGUGAGGUCGUGGUGAACAAGGUGGGAGACCUUGCUGUGGCCUUGGGUCAGCGCGUCGCCAAGAACGUGGCCUGCGAGGGCUGCGUCGCCACAACGAGCGGCGCCGGCGCCGGUGGCACCAUGAACGACGUCUUCGUCAUAGCCUCGGGCGGCGUGAGGGGUGUCUCGACGCUCUACAUGGGCUUGGAGAAUGCGGCCAAGACUUUGGCCUCGAGUCUCGCCAAUGAGACAGUUCAGAUCGUGGGUCACAAGUACGGCCAAGACGCGGCGCAGGUGGUGGACCACGCCAUCUACUCGGUGGGCAACGUGGCCCUGACGACCAACAGCGUGCGCAGCCUGGGCGUCAGGGGCUUAGCCAAGCGCACGGCCAAGGAGACCGGCAAGGCCAUCCUCGAGGAGUAUGUGAGCAGUCUCGAGAGGGACCCCCGGUUCAGCGGCGACCCCCUGGUGGCGAGCCUGCGCAUGCAGCCGAACUGGCAAGAGUGCGCGCGUCCGAAGGAUGCCAUAUUUCAGACGAAGAUGCCACAGAGGACAUAUAAGAUUGUUGCUGCAAAUACAAGAACUCUACGGAAUUUGCUGUCACUGAGAUCCCGUAGACGAAGGUUUUGCAAAUGAAGUGAAACCCUGGUCAAGUGAGAAUACACGGUGCUCAAUCAGUUUUACACAUUUUUGACUGUCUCUCCAUGUGACUCAAUAAAGUUUGGACUACAGAUGGAUAUUUUUCUGCAAUAAAGCAAUUUGAAUCUUU